AUGGCAGCCAUGCCGCGCUGCGUCGCGGUGCUCCUCGCCGUUGUGGCCGUCGCCGAGGACGCGAGCCACCUGCUCGCGCCGUCGGUGCGACGGCCCUUCGUCUUCUACCACAUCGACAAGACGGCGGGCAGCUCCCUGCGCGCCAUCAUCAGCGACGCCGCGGCGCGCGCGCGCCUGCCCGCCGUCAUCCCCUGCUACGGCGGCGUGACGUGCCUCUGCGGCUCGAACUAUCGCGUCGAGCCCUUCCUCUGCCCCGCCGCGGACGCCUUCGAGGCCGCGGCGGUCGUCGCGGGCCACUUCAGCCCGCUCGGCCUGUCGAAGCGCCGGGUGAGCAAUAUGGACGAGCGGACGUGCCUCGUCUUCCUCCGCGAGCCCGUCGCGCGCCACGCGAGCUUCUACCGCUUCUACGGGCACCAGAAGUACUUCGGGAACCGGUCCUUUGGCGCCCUGUCGGCCGACGAGCAGCGCGCCGCGAUCGCGCGGAGCGGCGGGCCGGCCUUCAUGGCCGAGUUCCUCGCCUGCGACGGCGAGCGCUGCCCGGCGAACGUCACGCGCGCGGCGACGCUGGCCCUCCGGCGCUGCUACGUCGGCACGGCGGAGCGCUUCAACUCGUCGAUGGCGUUCCUGUCGCUCGCGGCGCCGUGGCUCGGCACCUACGCGGCCCUGAGCCGCACGCACGCGAACCGGGCCGCCGGCGGCGGCGCGGGCCCGGAGCCGGCGCGCGCGGCGGCCCUCGCGGCGGCCAUGCCCGAGGAUUCGGCGCUCUACGGCGCCGCGGCGGCGAUGCUCGAGGCGCAGCUCGAGGCCGCGAGCCGCUGCGGCGAGGGCCGCGCGGGGCGGCCGCGGAGCGACGCGUCCUGGGCGAGCGAGGCCCACUACGAGAUGGCCGUCGCCAUCCGCGUCGAGGCGCUCGCGCGCGCCGCGAGCCGCCGGCCGCCCGCGGAGCGGCUCCGGGUCGCGUGCUGCGUAUCGGUGCACCUCCGCGCGGCGCGGGGCCGCGGCCUGCCCCGCGACGCGCGCUGCGACGCCGCGGCGCCGCGGCGGCUGGCGGCGCCGUCCCCGCGCGCCGCGCGCGGCGCGCCGGCGCCGGCGCCGAGGAAGCUCUACUGGCUGCACAUUCCCAAGUGCGGCUCGACCUUCGCGAACACCGUCGUCCACGCGCUCUGCGACGGCGUGCCACCGAACGCGUCCGAGCAAAAGUACUUGGGCAAGACGCCGAACUUCAUCAAGGGCCGCAGCUGCCCGCGCCUCGCGGUGCCCGUGCGCGACGGCUGGGGCCGCCACGACGACCUCUCGGCGGGCCUGCUCGCGAAGGUCGGCGGCGCGGACCGCGUCGUCGCGCUCCUGCGCGAGCCGCGCGCGCGCGCCGAGGCCGCCUGGAACCACGUCAACGUCCACGGCGUCCCCAGCCCCAAGGGCCCGCCGGCGGGCGACGCGCGCCAGUUCGCCGAGGCCACGGCCGGGUGCGCGGCGCGCACGCUCGCGGGGCGGGGCACGUGCCUGACGCCUGGGCGCGGCGACGACAAGGCGCGCGACGCCGCGAUCGCGCGGCUCCGGGAGCUCGCGUUCGUCGGCGUCGUCGAGCGCUGGGCCGAGUCCAUCUGCCUCUUCCACCUCCAGUUCGGCGCGCCCUGCCUCGCCGUCGAGUUCGAGCACCUCCGGUCCCAGCCGCACAACCGCACGGUGCCGCGCGCCGCGCGCAACGUCGACGACGACGUCUACGCCGAGGCGCGCCGCCUCUUCGCCGCGGCGCUGGACCGCCACGGCGCGACGCCCGAGCGGUGCGCGGCGCUCUGGGCACCGGCCAUUCAUAACGUGCUCCAGCGCGCGCUCUCGACGGCGGACUACCUCGCGUCGCGCAACCUCGACGGCCUGGCCGCGCUGAAGCGGCACUGCGCGCAGACGAGCGGCAAAGAGGGCGACCACCCCGACUUGCCCGUCGCGCCGCUGCCGGAUGGCUGGCCGCGCGCGAUUCCGCUGAAGGGCGCGUGCAUGACGGGUUCGCUGGCGACGCUCGCGUACCUCUUCGAGCGCGGCGCGGAUCCGGACCUCGUCGACGUCGUUUCGGGCGACACGGCGUGUCACGUCGCCGUCGCCUGGGGCCGCGUCGACGCCGUCGCGUACCUGCUCGCGCGCGGCGCGCGGCACGACGUCUCGGACGGCGACGGCUUGACGCUCGCCGGCGCAGCGCGGCGGCGGCAGAAGCUGCUCGAGCGCGGCGACGCGGCCUUCGCGGAGCGGCUCCGGAGCCGCGGCAUGGACAUCGACGCGCUCCGGGACGAGGGCCGGGGGCUCGUGAAGCUCCUCGACGCCGUGGAAGCACGGGGCUCCUGGCGCGCGUUCGCCGUAGGCGCGACGCGCCGGCCGCGCGUCGCCAGGGCCGCGCCGUGGCUCGAGGCCGCGGCGGAUCGCUCGUCCUUGGCGAUCGCGCGAGCGCUGGCGUCGCGACGAGGGACGCCCGUCGCCGUGGUUCAAGAGACGAAAAAAGCGCCGUCGAAGGCCGCGGCGAAGAAGCGGCGCGCGGCCGCCGAGGACCGCGCGACGCGGGACGCGGCGACGACGGUGAAGGCGUCGGACCCGCCGCUCGAGAAGGCGCUCUUCGAGGCCGGCCUCGUGUCUCCCGCGCCGGGGGAGCACCACCUCGUCAACCCCGUCUUCCCCCGCGCGCUGCGCUGGCUCGACUGCGCGACGCUCGAGGACGUGCGGGCCCUCGAGCGCGACGACGUCUCGCGCGUCGAAGGGCCGUCGUCGUCGGAGCGCCGCGAGCUCUGGCUCUUCUGCUGCGCCGCGCGGAAGCGGCGCGACGACGCCGUCGCCGAGGCGCGCGCCGCGGCGGCGGCGGACGUGGAGCGCGACGAGGCGCGGCGCCGCGAAGCGGCGCGGAGCGUCGACCCGCGGGCGGCCGUCGCGUUCCGCGUGCCGCUCGCCUGCUUCGCGCGCGUCGCGGGCUUCCUCUUCCACGCGCCGCCGCCGCCGCCCAAGCCGGAGCGCGCCCCGGCCCACGUCCUGGCGCUCCUCGAGGGCGUCGUUCGCCAGCGCCGCGUCAAGCGCUCGGCCUCGUCGCGCGUGCGCAUGACCAUGCGCGGGCUGCCCGAGCCGACGGACGUGGAGCGCUGGAAGAAGCCCGCGGCCCCCCAAAAGAAGCGAUCCGCCGUCGAGCCCCUGCCCGAGCUGCGGCGCAUGCCGACGCCGCUCUCGCCGACUUGCUGGGGCGACGACGACGAACCCGCCGCGCGGACCGACGGCCUCGGCGGCAUGGACGAGCGCGUCAUCGACGACGCCGCGGUCACGGCGCGCUACCGGAACGCGCGCCUCAUCGACGACGCCGCCGUGCGCUCCCCGGGCCUGAACGAGCGCAGCACGCGCAACCAGCGCCGGCGGCGGUCGAGCGACACGGACAUCGACGCCGCGGCGCCGAAGCCGCGCGCGAAGCGGCCCCUGUCCGGCGGCGGCGGCCGGCCGCUCGAGGCGGUGCGCGAGCGGCGCCGCGCGCGGCAGAUCGCGGACAUGGAGCUCGCCGCGGCGCGCGAGCGCGAGAACGCCAAGCUCGAGGUGUCGCGCGCGAUCCUCGAGAAGAUGGCCUGCGGCCGCGUCGCCACAAGGCUCGGCGCCGUCCUGGAGGACGCGCGGGAGAAGCGCGUCCGCGACCUCGCGGCGACGGCGAUCCAGGCCUGGGCGCGGGGCCUGCGCGCCAAGGAGAAGCGGCGCAUCGUGCGCAAGCUCAGCCGCUUCGUGCCGCUGACGCUCUGGCGCCGCCGCGAGCGGAACCGGCUCGCGGCGAAGCAGCUCCGCACGUUCUUCCUCGACCACGAGCGGCCGGCCCGCGUCAAACGGCAUAUCCACGACUUUUUGCGCGCCGUCAAGCUCGUGCAGCGCAUCUACCGCGGCUACGCGGCCUGCACCGUCGCGCGGCGGAAGGCGCUCGGGAUGCUCUGGCAGCGCGCGGAGGCGGCCUUCGCGCCGCCGCGCGAGCGCCGCCCGCUCGCGCCCGUCAAGCCCCGCAACGGGUCGCCGGACGAGGCGCGCGCCUUCGCGCGGCGGAAGAUCCUCGCGCGGCGCGAGGACCAGAGGGACGACGCGAAGCGCCGCGACGACGCGCGCGGGCUCGCGCGCCUCGACCGCCAGUGGGACGUCGUCGACGCGCGCAUGGCCCACCUCGUGCGGCCGGAGGAGGCGCCCGCGAAGCGGCGCAAGGAGCAGAAGUGGGCCAUGCCCGCGAAGGUCCGCGACGCUGUCCUCCGCGCGAUCCUCGGCGACGCGCGCGCGCGGCACCAGGCGACCUGGGACGUGUCCCAGCGCGAGAAGUACCGCUCGGCGCCCGAGGUCUUCACGCGGCGCCAGGCGCGGACCAUCCUGCGACUGGGCGACAUCAAGAAGCGCGCCGCGCCGCUGCCGCCGAACGCGAAGGCGGGGAAGGCGUGGCCGACGCUGUUCCUCUUCGUCCAGGGCGACGACACGCUCGCGGCCAUCGUCGCGCGCGCCUACGCGGCGGCCUACGCGGCGGACAAGGAGGCGCACCUCCGCGGCGGCGGCGCCGACGUCGCCGCGGCCGCGCUCCGCGCGCUCGGGCUGGCCGGGUCCCACGACAGGGCCAUGUCGGAGAUCAAGAGCAUGAAUUUCAACCCGUGCAUGUCCCACUCGAACUGGCGCUUCCCUUUCGCCGUCGUCCGCUCGACGAACUGGUCGAUGUUGCCGUAG